AUGUCCGUCAUUACCGUCUGGCUUGACAACCAUCCUAGCGAUCCCUCCGACUACGAGUUCGAGGGCCGUCCGCACAAGCGGCCACGUCUGGCCGAAGUCUCAGGAAACAACAUGGCAGAGCCGCGCCGGUCGCGCCGCCAGUCGCCACGCAAGCACGUGGCGCCAACGACACCACCGCGCAGUUCCAGCAGCGGCGCGCACGGCGAGGAUGCGGAGACACCGAGACCAGCGCCCUCGAUGUUCUCGAUCCCGGCCCUCCUGCCCUUCUCCGGCGCGCCCCAACAACAAUCCGCGCCUUCGUCCUCGCCGAGUCGCUCUUCGACGACGAGCGGCGGCAGCAGCAGCCGGCGUUUCCGCAGCCCGGUGCGCCGUCUGGGCGACCUCCACCUGUCGAAUGUACACGUGCAUGCGGUGACGCUCGAGAAGCCGGGCCAGGCGCCUGCCGAUGUGCGAGAGCUGUGCAAGGACAUUCGGCGCGUGGGUCGAGGCAACGGCCUGAUCCCGAGUGCCGUCAAGAGCCGCGCUGCCACUCUCCUGGACGACGACCUGCUCGAUGAUCUGGCUUUCGACGACAACGACGACGACAGCGAGCAGCAGCGUGCCGAGCACGAGGGCUUGUGGGCUGCCGUAAACAGUCUGAUCGAUGCUGCCAAAGAGUGCGAGGAGGAGGACCUGUGCGAGGCCGACUGGAACAACGAGGUCCACUCGCGCGCGCUGCGGCUCGCUCUCGAGCGCGACCGUGGCGAGAGGGCCGUGUGGUACCGCAACAUCACCACGGCCCAAAUCAAAGACCAGUCGCUGCUGCCCGCCUCAGCCGCCGGCCUGGCGACGCAGUCGAAGAUGGUCGACUUUGCCAUCGUCUUGGACACCAGGUCCGACAAGCUCCUGGCGAAGCGUGUCUAUGCGAAGCUCCGCCACGAGGACCUUACCGCCAUCAACCACACGCCCGCCGAGCAUGUCCGGUUCUCGCCCAUUGCCGUGAGCAUCGAGACCAAGCGCGCCGCCAUCGAAGAAGACGUGGCCAAUGCCCAACUCGCCGUGUGGGUAUCCGCACACUUUCGCUGGUUGCGGCGGCUGAGCGACACAGCCUCCACGCUCCCAACGUUACCUUUGGUCAUGGUGCAAGGCCACGAGUGGAAGCUGAUGCUGGCCGAGCUCCAAGAUGACUCGGAGAUUAGGAUAUUCCGCCAUUUGAGUCUGGGCACUACCAGGUCGGUUCUUGGCGUCUACCAACUCGUAGCGUCGCUCAGACGGUUGGCCGAAUGGGCCAAGGACGCGUAUAGGCCGUGGCUCGAGGAGAAUGUCUUGUUGAUUCAAGAUGGGUUCUAA